UGAACUGUUUCAGCUUUCAGGCAAUGAUAUGGCCGAAAAUCGAGUUUCCAGUGAAAGUAUUGUCUCAGCAAAACAAACACGUAUGGAGGGUCUGUUGGGGAAGAUGAGAAGAUUUCCAGAGUCAGUGUGGCAAACCACAUUGAAGGUUGGUAGAGAAGACCCAAGAAGGAUUAUUCAUUCUUUCAAAGUUGGGUUGGCAUUGACAUUGGUAUCCUUGUUGUAUCUCUUGGAACCAUUGUUUGAAGGAAUGGGACAGAAUGCAAUUUGGGCUGUUAUGACUGUGGUUGUUGUGCUUGAGUUCACUGCAGGGGCAACUCUGUGCAAAGGAGUGAAUAGAGGACUUGGUACACUUACAGCAGGCUUGUUGGCCUUUUUAAUCGAGUUUAUAGCAGAUGAGACUGGUUAUGUAGGUCGAGCUAUUUUUAUUGGUGUUGGCGUGCUUUUGAUAGGUGCUGCAAGCACAUACACAAGAUUCUUUCCUAAAAUAAAGAAGAACUAUGAUUAUGGAGUUGUGAUUUUUCUCUUAACAUUUAAUCUGAUAUCCGUAUCCAGUUAUCGUAUUGAUGUGUUAACUAUGGCAUAUCAGCGAUUCUACACAAUUAUUAUCGGCUGUGCUAUCUGCCUUUUCAUGAGCCUGGUGGUUUUUCCAAAUUGGUCUGGGGAGGACCUCCAUAAUUCCACUGUCAACAAGCUUGAAGGGUUAGCAAGAUCAAUAGAAGCUUGUGUUAAUUACUACUUCCAAGAACCAGAGAAUCAAUGUAUUGAACAUAAAUUAUUAGAAGACCCCAUUUAUAAGGAUUACAAGGCAGUUUUGGACUCCAAAUCUAAUGAUGAGACCCUGGCAUUAUAUGCAAGUUGGGAACCAAGGCAUUCAAGACACUGUCACAGAUAUCCAUGGCAACAAUAUGUGAAACUGGGGGCUGUUCUUCGCCAUUUUGGGUACACAGCUGUGGCUCUGCAUGGAUGUUUGCAUUCUGAAAUUCAGACUCCACACUCUGUUCGAGCUCUCUUUAGAGAUCCAUCCGUCCGAGUGGCAGGAAAAGUAUCAGAGGUACUGAUGGAACUUGCUGACAGCAUAAGAAACCACCGACGCUGCUCUGCGGAGAAACUCUCUGAUCAACUCCACGAGGCACUGCAAGAUCUCAAUACUGCAAUCAAAUCACAACCUCGACUAUUCGGUGGCUCAAAAGAAAAUGAAGCGACCAAGAUGCUUGAUCUUGCUGCUGCGACUGCAAAUCAAAAGUCCAACAUGGACUUGGGGGUAAGCAUAUCCUCUGUCAAGACAGACAGCUUGGCAAUGCAUGAAAGGAAAAGUUUUAAGGUUGGAGACCAGUUGAAGGAGUCCGAGCAUAAAAAAUUAAGGCCAACAUUGAGUAAGAUCGCUAUCACCAGUCUCGAAUUCUCUGAAGCACUCCCAUUUGCUGCCUUUGCUUCACUGCUAGUGGAGACAGUUGCAAGGGUUGAUCUUGUUAUUAAUGAGGUUGAAAAAUUGGGAAAGAUGGCAUGCUUCAAAGAGUUUAAACUUGGAGAGGAAAUCAUAAUUACUUCUGAGAGAACACCAAGAAAGAACAUUGGAAAUUUGGAGCCAGAACAUUUUUCUGGGGGAUAUGACUGAUAAAGGAUGGUUCUGCAUCUGCAUACUUUGAUGGCCACAGUAGAUAGCUAUGGUACGUCACCAUUCCACACAAUUCAGUUGUAGAAGAAUUGUUCUUAGUAAGAUAAUUUGAAGUUGAAUUACAGAAAAUCAAAAGUAUACAACUUGAUUAAUUUCUUGACCAGAAAGUUUCUAUU